ACCUUGAUUGGCGGAUUUAACGGGGCUUGGUCGAAUCGGCGCUAACACCUGCUAAGUAGUUGACGCUAAACCCUUUCCUUGGUAUAUGGUUAGAUCUGCAUCUUAUAUCUGUCCGGGUUGUUGUUAUGAUCGCUAGCUUCACGGUGUGUUGCAUUUUGGUUUGCAACACCCCGGAGAUAACAUAUGAGGUGCAUGAACUUUGGCAUGGGCUGUAUGACGGUAAGAGUGAUCGGUGCACGUAUAUAAGUGCUCUACCUUCGUCUGCUAACCAACGUGAACGUCUCAUCAUCAUCUGCACCCCACUUGGCAUCCUCUCAAUAUCCUCGUACGAAGAGCAGGUAUUCCCUCUUGAGUAUUCACCGUGUUCAAAGGUAACGACCAUGUUGUCACUCCCAUCAUUCCACAAAGCGCUCCGGCAGGAUGUCUACGCUGAACCACCAACCGUGCAGACCGUCCCGACACCGCAGCCCACGCUCGGGUCAGCUGUGCUCAAAGUCGAAAAGGCCAUGGUGCUUAACUACGCAGGCGAUAUUUACAACGGCAAGCGCCAAUAUCCCUACCCUGUCCCAUUAACCCUCGGAUCCAGCGCCAUCGGGCGUGUCGUGGCUUUAGGUCCCGACGCAGUGUCCCUUAAGGUCGGCGACUUGUGUCUUCUGGACAUCACGAUCAGCGCGCGUGACGACAUCGGCGGUCAAGCCGGUAGUACUUUCCUGUCUGCGAUUAUCGACGGUUUCACACCUGCGAGUAAGAAGCUCAUGAAAGAUGUGUGGCGCGACGGGGCGUUCGCAGAGUACGUGCGUUGGCCACUGGAGAAUUGUCACGUCGUUGACGAGACUAAGACCAAAGCGUUGGGGUACCGGAUAGAGGAUCUCAUGUACAUUUCUAAAAUGCUGGUGAGUUAUGGUGGGUUGGGGCCCGGGUGUGUGGAUGUUCGACCUGGGGAGACGGUGAUUGUGAGUCCUGCGACGGGCGGGUUUGGAAGUGCGGCUGUGCAUGUUGCGCUUGAAUUGGGGGCUGGAAGGGUCAUUGCUAUGGGACGGAAUGGGGAGGUUUUGAGACAAGUCAAAGAGGCGGAGGGUGAAAAAGGAAAGAGAAUCGAGUGUGUUGGGUUGACGGGGGUUUGGGAGGAGGAUCUACAGGCGUUGAAGGGUGUUACCGGUGGUGCUGGGGUCGAUGUGUUCUUUGAUGUGAGUCCGCCUGCGGCGUCGGGAUCAGGACAUUUGAAGGCCGGUGUUAUGGCGCUGAAGAAGAGCGGGAGAGUGUGUUUGAUGGGUGGAAUCCAGGGAGAUAUUGGACUGCCGCAUGAGAGGAUUAUGCAUUGGAAUUUGACGGUCAAAGGCAAGUGGAUGUUUGAGCGGGAGGAUGUGAAGGCUAUGAUUAGGCUGGUUGAGACGGGUGUGGUGAGGUUGUAUCAAGAGGAUGGGAUCAAGCCGUUUGGUACGCGAUGUGAAGGGAAGUACAAACUUGAGAAGUGGCAGAAGGCGUUUGAUGAGGCUGCACGGGUUGGAAGUGAUGGAUUUGUGCUGAUUGAGCCAUAGAUGGGGUUGGUCGGAGCAUCAGAACUCGACACUGUUGCUUGGUGGAUGAGGAGGGUCUGACAGGCUGAAGGUGGAGUCUGCGAGCUUGUUCUCCUACGGCCAGAUUUCUGGCUUUUGUUCCUCGAUAUGGCAGUCAAUGAACUACUCAGGCUUCCAGUCUCAGGCCGUAUAUUCCUGUCGUUCUCGAUGUUGCCUGGAAACACGUUGGCAGAAUGAAUGCAGGAGGCCAGGUAUGAGGUGGUAACGGAGAAACGGCGAUUCGGACAUGACCGAGC